CUAGCAACCGGCUGAAAAGUAUUCAGUUCGAAAGCAAUCCUCAAGCAACGCAUUCUAGCAGUCGAACUGACUAGCAAAAUCGAAUCCGGGAACAAAUAUAUUGUGGAAAUAUUUAUCCGGAAAAUCACAUAAGAAAUCAAAUCACCUCCAAGAUGUCGGACAACACUGCUGUGACUUGUGCCCUCAACUUGGUGCUCUGCGGAGCAACUGGCUUCGGUCUCUUCAAGAUCGGGCCUUCGGAGCAUCCCUGGGCCUUCACCUCCUGCCUGAUCGGGUUCACCCACGGACUUGUGGGCCUGGUCGGUAUCUUGGCCGACGAUGACAAUGCCAAAAAGAUGCAAAUAAAGACGGGCGGCAUCUUGGAGAUCGUAUCGCUGCCCCUGGUCAAUGUGGAUCUGUAUCUGGAGACCGCGGAGAGCAACAACAUAGCAUUGGGCCAUGGCCUGUUCAUGGUCCCGCUGACCGUGAGCGUGAUCCUGGCCUUCUGGAAGGACGAGGGAGCCAUUGAUGUAAGUGGAACCGUGCAAACGCUGAAGGUCUUGACCAUUUUGGGCAAUAUUACCUCUCUGGCGUUUGUGAUGAUAAACGAGAGCAGCGUGAUUAUGGGCGGCAUGGCCGUUCUGGCCUUCAUGGCCAAGUUUGGUGCCGAUCUUUGCGAGGAGCAUAUACACGAUGACAUCCGCCUGCCGAUACAAUAUCUCAGCUGGUCCGGCUUCUUCGUUCUUUCCGCAUUUGCGGUUGCCAGCGAAAAGUAGGAGGAAGGUGAUUACCAGGAGGUACCGAGUUGCAGUUCUUCAGUUCAGCUAAUCCAAAAUCCAUUCGACCCCAGCCUCUUUUUUCCCCCCUAACUGUACGGAUGAUGUAUAAAUUAUUAGAGUCACUGUAAUUAAAUAGCUGGCAGGGUAUCUGUUGUACUUCAAGAUUUCUGCUGGCUUUCAUUUA